AUUCCUCUGAACCUCAGCAGAGAGCUGCUACAGGAAAGUGCUCUGAUCAGGAAACUGCGGGAUGUUUUACAGCAGCGGGUCAUUCGGUUCCUGUUGGACCAGAGCAAGAAGGAUCCGGAGAAAUACGCUCGCUUCUUUGAUGACUACGGGCUGUUUAUGCGCGAGGGCAUCGUCAUCACAGCGGAGCAGAGCGUCAAGGAGGACAUCGCUAAGCUGUUGCGUUUCGAGUCGUCAGCGCUUCCUGCGGGACAGCAGACCAGCCUGAUGGAGUACACCUCUCGGAUGAAGGCGGGAACGAGAAACAUUUACUAUCUGUGCGCACCGAAUCGCCACCUGGCCGAGCACUCGCCGUACUUUGAGGCCAUGAAACAGAAAGAUAUGGAGGUGAGACUAGAGACAAUCAGGUACACAGUUAAUAUUCACUGUCAUACUCGAGAGAAAAUGGGUGAUGAAUCUACAAGUUGA